AUGCGAUACUUGUGGUUUAUUAAUGCACCGAUAUUUUUUGUCAAGCCGGUUUUUGGAAAAUAAUUCAAAACUGUACAAAAAACGAAUUGCUCUGAAAUUUACUACAAGUUUUCACUACACCUAUUCACAUCGAUAUAGUGCCUUUGAUAAAAUAUGGAUAACGUCAUCACGAAGUUUAAAUACGUUAAAAUUUCUAGGAAGCCGUAUAUGUUGGACUGUACUUCAUAUGCGAGUACAGAGCCAAAAGAGAAGGAAGAAAACGAGGAAAAGGGAAACAAACAAGGAAAAGGAAUAAAGGAUGCAGAUAGGGAAAUCGGAAAAAGGGAAGCUGGUACAAAAUUAGGAGAAAAAAGGGUGAAGGUACUGUUUUGGAAUGUCCAAGGGUUGCGAAAAAAGGAAAAGGAGUUCUGGGACUACGUGGGAAAAUUUGAUGUUGUGGGGCUAGUAGAGACUUGGGUACAAAGAGAAAACUGGGACAAAUUGGAAGAGACACUACCACAAGAAUAUGUGUGGGAGUGUCAAGGGGCGACAAAGGAAAAGAAAAAGGGGAGAGCAAGCGGGGAAAUAGUAAUGGGAAUUCGAAAAAAAAUGCAAGAAUUGGAAAAGGGAAGUUAUAAUAAAAACGGACUAAUGAAGAAAGUAAUACAGCUGGAUAACAAUCGAUGGGAAAUAAUAACCGUUGAUAACAAGAAAAUGGAGGAAACCAAGAUAAACAUAGAAAAGGAAACAAAAGAAAAAGGAGAUGAAAAAAUACUUAUAGGAGGGGAUUUUAACGCAAGAAUGGGCGAUAAGGGGACAAGAAUAAUAGAUAAAGAAAAGGGAGAGAAAAGAGGAUCAAAAGAUAAAGCAAAUAACAAAGAAGGGAAAAUAUUGUGGCAGAUAAUAGAAGAAAUGGGAUGGGAAAUUUUAAAUGGAAACAAGGAAGGAGAUGAAGAAAGAGAAUGGACGUACGUAGGGGCGAGGGGAGAAUCAAUUAUAGAUUAUGGGAUUGUCAACGAAGAGGCGUGGGAAGAAAUAGAGAGUUUUAAAAUGGGGGAAAGGGUAGAAUCAGACCACAUGCCUCUAGAAAUAAAAAUCAAAGGAAAAGAGCAAGAGUACGAAAAACAAGAGAGAAGAAACGAAAGAAAAGAAUUAGAAAAAAUAAUAUGGGAUGAAGAGGGAAUUCAAAGAUACAGAAGUAGACUAGAAAAAAAGAAAUUCGAAGUAAAAGAAGAUAUAGAAGCUAUGAUGGUGGAACUGAGCAACCUAAUUGUAGAAGCUACGGAAAAAAGAAAGAUAUACAUAUGACAAGGGAGGAAUAAUGAAUGGAACGGAGAAUGUAGUGAGUUGAAGAGAAAAGCAAGGGAAAAAUUAAGAAAAUGGAAGAAUAACAAGGGAAGGAAAGAAGAGUACCUAAAAGCAAGAGAGAAUUAUAGGAGAAAAUGGGAAGAAAGAAAAAGAGAAAAACGAGAAGAAGAAGAAAAGACAAUAAAGUUCCUGAAAACAGAACAGCAAGUAUGGAGAUAUAUAAACAAGGAACGGAGAAGGAAGACUGAAGUCAACGGGAAAAUCAAAAUACAUGAAUGGAAAACACACUUUAUGGAAUUAUUGGGAGGUUGUGAGGAAAAAUGCUGCAAAAUAAAUAAAGGAAUCAUAACGACAGAAGAAAUGUGGAGAGGUUCGGAAAUAACAAAAGAUGAAAUAGGAAGACAGUUGAAAGACUGAAAAGAGGAAAGGCACCAGGAGGGGAUGGAAUCCAGAACGAAGCAUGGAUGUUCGGGACAGAAGGAGUGAAAGAAAAGAAAUGGGAAGUGGUAAAUGGAGUUUGGAACGGAAAAGGGUUUCCUCGGCAGUGGAGAGAAGGUAUAAUAAUCCCAUUAUUUAAAAAGGGGCAAAAAAGUGAUGUGAAGAACUACCGAGGGAUUACCUUGCUCAAUACGGCGUACAAGAUAUAUGCAAUGAUACGCGAUGAGAGGUUACGAAAGGAGAUGGAAGCAAGGGGUAUAUUACCAGACGGUCAGGCAGGGUUUAGGAAAGGAAGAGGCACUAUGGACAAUGAGUACAUCCUGCGGCAUUUAGUGGGAAGAGAAAUAAGGAAAGAGGGUAGACGAAUGUACGCAUUCUUCAUAGAUUUCAAAGCAGCGUUUGAUAGCGUGAAUAGAGAGAAAAUGUGGGAGUAUUUGAGGAGAAAGGGAGUAGAUGCAUACUUGGUAACGAAAAUGGAAGAAAUAUAUGAAGAAACAGUAAAUACGGUGAGAGUGAAUGGAAUAGAAAGUGAGAGUUUUUAUACAAAUAGAGGAGUGAGACAAGGAUGCCCACUCAGCCCCGCAUUGUUUGCAGCUUAUCUAGGAGAUAUAGAUGAAUUGUUCAGAAAAGCACAGACAGGAGGAGUGGUACGGAGCAAAGAGAAAGUGUGGGACUUUGGCGUACACAGAUGAUUAUGUGAUUGUGGCAAAGAAAAGAGAAGAAAUGAAAACAAUGAUUAAAAGUUUCGAAAAGUACGUACAAAAAAAGGAAUUGGAAGUGAAUGUGGAAAAAACAAAAAUGGUGGCGUUUGGGAAGAAAGUAAGAAAGGAGAAGGAAGAGUGGGCAUGGAGAGGGAAGAACAUUGAACAGGUGAAAGAAUUCCAGUACUUAAGAUAUACAUUAAUGAGCAAUAACUCAGAUAGAGCGCAUAUUCAAGAAAUGGUCCAAAAAGCGAACAAAGUGAUAGGAAUAGUAUGGGGAAUAGGAGAGAAAAUUUGGACAUGAUUAUAAGAGAAGAAUGAUGAUGUUUGAUAGUUUGAUCAAAAGUGUAUUUAUGUACGGAGCUGAGAUUUGGGGCUGGAGGGAAUAUGAAGAAAUAGAGAGAGUGCAAGAAAAAUACUUGAAAUGGACAUUGGGAUUGGAAAAGUAUAAGCCGGGGUAUAUAGUGAGAGAAGAAACAAAAAGGGAGAAAAUGAGAGUGGAAGCAGGAUUUGAAGAGACGUUCAGUGAGAGAGGUGAUUGCAAGAUAUUGCAAGAAUGUUGGAAAGAAAUAAGAAAGGAAGGGGGAAAACAUGUUUGGAACGAAAGGGACAAGUAUUAUGAAGGAAAGGGAUACGCAUGUGAAGAAAUAGAGAGAAUGAGAGAAAUGGGAAGGAGUAUGAAAGAAGAACUGAGUGUAAGAGAUAAGGAUAUAGAUAAGCAAGAACGUAGAGCGAGAAUAUCGGAGUCUAGAUAUAAUGCAGACUAUAGAAAAAUAGUAAAGGAUGAAGUACCAAAGUACACACACAGAGAGAGAGUAUAAAGGAGAAAAGAAUGAUGGCGAGAUUUAGGUGUGGAAAUGAAGAGAAAGAGAAUAAUUUUUGGAUGGAUGAAAGAAGUAUGGAAGAUAAGGGAACUAUGGCAAGGGGUGGGCAAGCAGAAAGAAUAGAAUAUUUAUUAUAUAACACUGGAAUUUUUAUUUUAUUUUAUUUUAUUUAUUUUUAUUGAUAUUGAUUUA